UGUGUGCCACUGCCCAGGCAGUCUCUGCGUUACAGACUCCUAGGAGGGCUUGCUGUGCGGAGGGCCUGCUAUGGUGUGCUGCGGUUCAUCAUGGAGAGUGGGGCCAAAGGCUGCAAGGUCGUGGUGUCUGGGAAACUCCGAGGACAGAGGGCUAAAUCCAUGAAGUUUGUGGAUGGCCUGAUGAUCCACAGUGGAGACGCUGUUAACUACUACGUUGACACUGCUGUGUGCCACGUGUUGCUCAGACAGGGUGUGCUGGGCAUCAAGGUGAAGAUCAUGCUGCCCUGGGACCCAACUGGUAAGACUGGCCCUAAGAAGCCCCUGCCUGACCACGUGAGCAUCGUGGAACCCAAAGAUGAGAUACUGCCCACCACCCCCAUCUCAGAACAGAACGGUGGGAAGCCAGAGCCGUCUGCCAUGCCCCAGCCAGUCCCCACAGCAUAACAGGGUCUCCUUAGCAGCUGUAUUCUGGAGUCUGGAUGUUGCUCUGUAAAGACCUUUAAUAAAAUCUCGUACAAAGACAAAA